AUGUCACCACCACCCGCUCCCAUAGGACACGGUUCCUCCUCAGAGUAUCAGCCCACCAAACGCCGGAAAUCAUCUUCCUCCUCAACGCGCAGCUCGGGAUACUUCGCUGCCGCCAUCCCCACCGUCUCCGUUCCCGCGCCUACUUACUCCGGCCAUCACCGCCCAUCCAGCGCCUCUCGAGACGACGGCUCCCCUCGCCCGGGCAGCAGUAGCCCUAGCACCUUUGUUCUCCCUCCUGGAGUUUCCAUCAGCCAGAUUACGCCCAAUGUUUUUGUCGGGAAUAAUGCGAGUUCUACUUCGAUCCAGACGUUGAUGCAUUAUGGUAUUACGUCCAUGGUAUCCCUCCUGUCGACGGCGGAACAGCAACUGAAUGAGGAGGCAUGGAACAGCCCGGCGUUGGACAUGUUAGUCCCCAAGAGCAACAGGUUGUUUGUGCGCUGUGAGGAUUCGCCCGAGGAGGAUUUGGUGGGGAGGUUGGGCAUGAUUUGUGAGUUUGUUGAGGAGCAAGUCGAGAGACGUAAGAGGGAAAAAAGUGUUGAGGAGGUGUUGGAGAACGUGUUACCUGCGAGUGAGGUGCCUAAGGGGUUUAAUACGAAUGUUGGUCAGGAGCCGAAACCGAGGCAGAGGGUGCGGAGUCUGAUUCCUGAUGAGGAGGGGAGGGUUGAGGGGCCGACACCCGCGCAGCCGGCACCCGCGCAGCAGGGUGCUGAAGAGAUGGCAGAGUUGACAAGGCAGCAGAAGUCGAGGAGGGAGUCGGCUCCGGCGCCGCAGAGGCAACGCGUGAGGUCAUUAAUCCCCGAUGACGUGGAACCGGCCGGAGGACCAUCGACAUCACCCAAACCGAUCCCGUCCCUCCCAUCAGGGUCAAUCCCCUGCAUUCCAUCCGCGCCCGUCCCUUCACUCCCCGGCCAAGGCCAACUCUCAACAUCCCACCUCUCACCAUACUCAACACCCUGCCAACUGUCCGCCCUCUCCCCCUCCGCUCAAGCCGGUCCCUCAACAUCUACAUCCAGACCAACAAGCUCCUCAACCCAAUCCAGCCUCCCUACCAACGAAGGCGGCAAAGUCCUAAUCCACUGCAACCAAGGCGUCUCCCGCUCGGGCGCCGCCUGCGUCGCUUACAUGAUGAAACAGCACCCGAACUGGUCAGCCGAAAAAGCUUUGCGGUUCGUGCAGCUCCGCCGCAAAGAAGUCGAGCCCAGCGAAAAUUUCAUGGCGCAGUUGGAGGUUUGGGGGCAGUGUGGGUUUGAGGUGUGGGAGGAGGAGGAUACCUCCUCUACCUCUGGGAAGGGGCUGGAGGUGGAUGGGAAAAGUAUAGAUGGGAAGAAGUCAGGAAAGAAGAAGAAGGUGCCCAAGGGCCCUUAUAGGAAGUGGUUGGAGAAAAGGGAGGAGUGGAGGAGACGGGUGGGGGAGAUGGGGGGGUUGGUUUUGCCUCCGCAGGACCAGGUUUAG